AUGACGCCUCCUAUAUCUUCUAUCAUGUUUGGAGAUGCCUCUUCUAAGUCUUCACUUGGUCUAAUCAAGGAUUACCCUUUAAAGAUAGGAGACUGCAAGGUUCCAACUGAUCUGACUGUUUUGGGUAUAUAUGGCGAUAAGGAAGUACCAUUGAUCCUUGGAACACCAUUCCUUACAACUGUUGGAGCCUCAAUUGACUUUCACAAGAAGCUGGUCACUCUCCACAAUAUCAACAGCAAGGUUGCAUACCCAAUGAAGGUUUCUUCAACAAGUUAUUGUGGAACCAUAACCAUUGCCAAUUCCAGCUUCAAGAAGGACAAGGUUGAGUGUGACAAAGUUGUGCAUGUGCUUGAUGAGUGUGGAGAAGAUAUUAUGGAUGGAGAGUGUCUCAUUGAUAUGUUUAGUGAGCACAUGGGACGUGCUCAGAAGGAGGAGGUGUGUAGAGGCAGAGAGGCCACUCUUAAGAGAAAGAAAAAGAUGGAGAAACCACAUCCUCACUCUCUUGAUCCAUCCCCAGGUGAUCCAGUCAAACCCCACGGUUCUCUUGCUCAUGCCAUGGAUACCACUGUCAAAGGCGUGCAGCCCUUCACCAUUCACUAG